AUGUCGAGUUUCAAGGCCCAAUUGGCCCAAUUGGGGGUGGAGGGCUAUGACACUGUUCCUGAAGAGAUAUUGCCCAGACCCGAGCUGACUGAUUCUCUGAAGGCUAAGGUGAGGAAAAUAGCUCGAGUUGUCGCGGCAGGCAAAAGUGUCGCAGGCGCACCUGGCCAGGAAAGAGACCCAGAGUGCCUGGCAGCUAAGCCCUUCACACGCUAUGGGAAGCAAUUGGGCACAAGAAGCCAUUGUCAAAGCGGAAAAAUGCGAAAGAAACACCUUGCUGAUGGUUCGCAGGAUUUGACUGGCAACGAUAUGGCUGAGUAUCGAGCACUACGUAAAACACAGGCCAUUGCUAGGAAAAUCGCUGAUAAUGCCCAGCGAGAGUUUGAAAGAUCAGGCCGCCAACAUUAA